UAUGUUGCAGGUUCUCUCCCCAUUGGUGUUUGCUAUGGACUAAAUGGGAAUAACCUUCCACCUCCAAGUGAGGUGGUAGGUCUCUAUAAGAGAUCUGGAAUCGAAUUCAUUAGACUUUACGAGCCGAGAUCUGAUGUGCUUGAAGCAUUGAGAGGAUCAGGACUUGCUGUUGCUUUAUGUCCUACAAAUGAAGACUUGGCAAACAUUGCUCAAAGGCCUGAUGCAGCCGACGCGUGGGUCAACACAAAUAUCGCCCCUUACAUGAGUGAUGUGCUAUUUCGUUGGAUUAUAUUAGGCAAUGAAGUGAUCCCAGGCCCGCUUGCCAAUUACGUCCCCGCAGCAAUAGCCAACACCCGCAAUUCACUUGCAGCAAUCGGGCUGGCUAAUGUCACAGUGACGACUGCAAUACCAGGAAAUGCACUUGAGGCCUCCUACCCUCCAUCGGCUGGCGCUUUCAGUAGCGAUGUAACUGAUGUUAUGAUAGCUGUUGCUGGCAUCUUAGCCAGUUCUGAUGCACCACUCAUGAUCAAUGUGUAUCCUUAUUUUGCCUAUGCCUCAAAUCCAUCACAAGUUCCCGUGGACUAUGCCUUGUUUGCUGCAACCACUCCUGUGGUGACCGAUGGGAGCUUCCUCUAUUAUGAUCUCUUCGAUGCCAUGGUUGAUGCGUUUCAUGCUGCGUUGGAAAAAAUUGGCUAUCCUGGUUUAAGAGUUGCUAUAGGGGAGAGUGGAUGGCCAAGUGCUGGGAAUGAUCCUUACACAAGCAUUGAUAAUGCAAUGAUUUACAAUCGGAACCUAGUGAAUCAUGUGCUGACAAACGGGACUCCAAGGAGGCCAGGAGAAAUCAUGGAAACGUUCCUGUUCGCAAUGUUCAAUGAGAAUUUGAAACAAGGCGCAGUUGAGCAAAACUUCGGCUUCUUUUAUCCGAACAUGAAUCCAGUCUAUCCGUUUUGGUGA